CUGAUCAAUUGUAUUAUCCUCACCAUAUUUAUGGGGCAACCCGACCACAUCCUCGAAAGGCACUCCACUUGAGGAUGAGUGGUCUACAUUAGCCUAGGAGAGAGCAACUUUUGCACUUAGCCUUUGUCUAGACAGAAAAACCUGUGUACAGUCUGAAGUUGGACAUACUGUAAGAUAAAAACAAAAAGCAGGACUCAAAAUGACUAAAGGAGAUACGGAAUAUCAAUUUUUGCUUGAAGGCAGCAAAGAAACAAAAGAUAAAAUUAAGCGUCCGAACAAAUCCCUUCUACUGGCAGUUUGUGCAGCUUGCAUUGGAGGAACCUUUCAAUAUGGUUAUAAUAUUUCAAUCAUCAAUGCCCCCACCAAGUCUGUGCAGAAUUUCAUCAACCAAACCUGGCUGGAGCGCUAUGAUGAGGACAUCUCAGAGCAAUACCUCACUCUCCUGUGGUCCAACAUCGUGUCCAUUUUCACAAUAGGAGGAUUCAUUGGAGCAACUAUAGGUGGAACACUGGCCAUUCGAUUUGGGAGAAAGGGGACACUAAUGAUGAACAACGCAUUUGCCUUACUGGCUGCUCUGUUGAUGGGCCUGAGUUACCCCACUGGAUUAUUUGAACUGCUCAUCGUUGGACGAUUUUUCACAGGAGUAAAUGCGGGUAUCGGCAUAUGCGUUCAGCCACUGUAUCUGGGGGAAAUCGCCCCAAGGGCACUUCGUGGUGCCAUGGCAAUGGGGACUUCUAUUUUCAUCACCGGGGGCAUCCUUACUGGACAGGUGAUUGGGCUUAAGGAGCUCCUCGGUAAAGAAGAACACUGGCCCAUCCUGCUCUCCACCACCUGUAUCCCAGCGUUCCUGCAGCUCCUCAUACUGCCCUGGUUCCCAGAGAGCCCUCGCUACCUGUUGAUCGACAGAGGGGAUGACGUUGGAUGUCGAAAAGCGAUGAAGCAACUCCACGGCACAGAUAACUUUGAUCGCGAGCGGGAGGACAUGGAGAGGGAGAGGGUCAGCGCCAUUGGCAUUAAACCCAAGAAGCCCUGGCAGCUGUUCAUGGACCGCAGCCUCCGCUGGCAAGUCCUCACCAUCAUCCUGCUCAACACUGCCCAGCAGCUCAACGGCAUCAACGCUAUUUAUUUUUAUACAGAUUAUGUGUUUGAGGAGGCCGGAAUUCCAGAUGUCAACAUACCCUACGUAACUGUGGGCACAGGAGCCUGUGAAUGCCUCACUGCCCUUACCUGUGGCAUGCUGAUCGAAACUCUGGGACGAAAAGUGCUUAUCAUCGGAGGGUACACCCUAAUGGCUUUCUGGUGCAUUUGCUUCACUCUGACCCUCACCUUCCAAGGAGCAGGCGUAUGGAUGCCUUAUCUUAGCAUGGGAUGCGUCUUUGCUUUCAUACUCAGCUUUGGCUUGGGGCCAGGUGGGGUGACAAACAUCUUGACCACAGAGUUAUUCACACAAACCAGUCGGCCUGCCGCGUACAUGAUCGGAGGGUCCGUGAACUGGCUCAGCUUCUUCGUCAUUGGCAUGGUGUUUCCAUUUAUUGUGACUAAGUUGCAGCAGUACUGUUUCCUGGUGUUCUUGGUGAUAUCUGUCUUGGUGGCUGUAUACAUAUUCCUGGUAGUCCCUGAGACCAAGAACAAAACCUUCCUGGAGAUCCAUACCGAGUUCCAGUCCGGAGAUAAGAGGAAGGCUUCAAAAGCAGAUGACGGCCCAAGGACAACAUUGUUGUCAACCCCUCUGUGAAACACAGCUCCAGUGUUUGC